AAUGGGAAGGAAGCAGUGGGCAAUGGGAAUAGUGGGGAGGCAAAUUUUCCAAGGUUAUAGCCCCAAGAUAUGGCCCAGGGCCCAUGGUUUGAGGGCCCUGAGCAACCUCUGUUAGAGCCCCAGCAUUUAAACAACAUGGCUGUCAAGAAAGGAAAGACCAUGAAAUCAUCUAGGAGAAAUGUGAAAAGAACAUGGCAUUUUGUAUAAGAAUACAUGCAGUUAAAAUUGAUAUCAGAGUGACUACAGAGGUUAAGGAGGGCUGUACCCAUAAUUCGGCUAUCUGUGGAUGGUUUAGUGUAGCUGAUAUUUUGUAAUUUGUUAGUUCCACCUAUGAAAAUUAAUUCUGCUGGGUAGGAUAAAAUUAUCAUUAAACCCCAUCUUCUUUUUCUGAACAGUUUAGAUGAUGGAAGAUAUAGUGUUGUAGGUUUUAAACCUGAUUUUUGAUGUUAAAACUUUUUAUAAUUAUAUCAAUAUAGAUAAUUGAAUAGAAAAUAAACCCAUUGUUCUCUGCCUAUUUUUCUCAUUCUUUAUGCUUGAUUCGUCUUCUCACAAAAUUAAAUCUGACUUAUAUUCUUAAAGUAUUCUGAUCCUAACAAAAUCAUAUAUAGCUUCAAAUUUGAAUUUUAUUAGUGGGAUUAAUCUGGCCAGAGUUUCUUAAUUAUUCACUGGAACUCUAACCUUUGUGAGAUAUAACUCUCAUGUAUCCUAACUGGCAAUGACAGUCAAAUUAUGGCCACCGCAAGUCUAAAAUUGGAGAAAUAAUUUUUUCUUAAAGCAUAACCCAAGCAAGAUACUGAAGAGGUCAGGAAUAAUUGUGCAAACUGGUGUCCAAAUCAAAAAAUAGUCUUGGUCAAGAGAGAAUCUCCAGAAGCAUUAUUUCUAAAUUAUAUACUAGUAUUGUUUUUCAGUAAUUGAGAUGCAUACACAUUAUUUACAUGUACAUAAGCCAACAUAUGCAUGUGCUUAAUAAAAUAUCUUUAGAAUCUCUGUCAUAUGAAGAAAGAGCUUCAAGAUAUUAAAGUGAACUGAUUGAGAUUGUAAAGCAAAGUCACUGGUGCUCAGAACUUGGCAGAGAGAAUAAUCACUUAAGGGCUUUCCCCACCAAAAAAAAAAAGAAAUUUAGUCCCCCUAGAAAGACCUUGAAUCAAUGUCCAUGCUUAAAGCAUAAACAUCAGCAUUAAUAAAUAAAAAAGCUUCCCAAGUGAGUAUAAUGUAUGGGCAACUUUGAGAAACACUGAGUUCUAGGUGUUGAUGGAAUUAGAAACCUGAAAGUUGUGAUUUUGAGUCCAAAUACACUGGUAUUGCCAAGUCACCAUUUCCCCAAUUUUCUUUGCAGAUAAACCAUUUCUCAGCUGUGUCUGUCCUACAUUCACCAUAAAAGCAACAUUAUGAUUAGGAGCAUGAAUAAGUUCAUUCUGUAUGGGUUAACACAGGCUGUUCUAAAGGAGAAACUAGUACUUGUGAUCUUCUUGCUUCUAUACCUUGCAACUCUUGGCAAACUUCCAUAUUGUGAUGAACAUAAGAUGUAGUCAGACACGUGGGAGCCCAUGUACUUCUUCCUUUUCUGUUUAUCCUUUGCUGAUGCCUGUUUGUCAACAACCACUGCACCUAGGUUGAUUGUAGAUUCUGUAUGUGAGAAGAAAGUCAUCUACAAAGAAUGCCUGACCCAGAUCUUUGCAGGUCACUUCUUUGGGUGCGUGGAAAUCUUGGUGCUGAUUCUCAUGUCCUUUGAUCAUUAUGUGGCCAUUAUUAAGCCCCUGAGAUACACAACCAUCAUGAUCCAGCAUGUCUGUGGUGCAUUGGUGAAUCUGACCUGGGUGGGGUCUUGCAUCCAUUCUUCAACACAGAUCCUCUUGGCUCUGAAAUUACCCUUCUGAGGUCCCAGUGUUACCAAUCACUAUUUCUGUGAUAUGCAGCCUUUACUGGAACUUGCCUGCAUGGAUAUUUAUGUCAUCAAUCUACUCAUUGUUUUUAACAGUGGGUACAUAUGCAUGGUGAGUUUCAUAAUGCUGCAUAUCUCCUAUGUUUUCUUCUUACAUUCUCUGAGUAAUCAGAGUGUAGAAGGAAGAAGGAAAGCCCUAUCCGCCUGCACCUCCCACAUUAUUGUUAUCACCGUAUUCUUUGUACCGUGUAUAUUCACAUACAUUCACCCUCUAACUGUAUUUCCAGUGGACAAGAUUGUGGCUGUGAUUCACACUAUUGGGACACCCUUGCUCAACCCUCUGAUUUAUACUCUGAGGAAUGUAGAAGUCAAAACUGCCAUGAGAAAGUUAUGGUGCAACAAACUCUGACUUGGGGU